GCAUACGAGCCUCACGUGAUCUUCAAAAAGGAAGGGUCACCAUGGUGCCAACUAAAUCCGAGUCAGGAAUCUGUUUUAGGAAACAAGGCUGAUUGUCUCUACGAGAUGUACCUCUCCAGCAUGUUGUUUUAUAUCCUUGCAGAUCACUUCCUCGUGCACCAGAGUCACCCAUAUGAGGAGGAAGCGCGAAAACUCGAGCGCAAGAGUAACCGUAAGAUAUACCAGGACUUCAAGGAGGAAGUUUGCCUUCGUUCGUACUUGAAGCGCCACUACGAUUCUGGAACUAGCCAUGGAUACAAUAUUCAAGAGGGAUGCAAGAAAAUUAGAGGUGUGUCGAGAAAAUUGCUUCUCUGGCGGGUUUCAUGGUGUUUGCGUACCUUCAAUGCACGAGUCUGA